AUAAAGUCUCCAACUAUAUCUCUUUCAUUUCCAUUAAAUGCAGGCUCAAGCAAUUCAUGGUCAAGAAGAGCACGACGUGAACGAGCUUCGUGGGAAGGUGAAGAAAGGAAAAACUUUUAGGUCGUAAACUCGUAACUAACACGUUUGAAUCUUCGAAAACCAUUUCAAAAAGCUCUCAAAACCUUCGCAAAAUCACGCCCUUCCUCUCUCCCUUUCUCUCUCUCUCUCUCUCUCUCUCUCUCUCUCUCUUAAAUAUUUUUUUUUCUCUUCUUCUCCUUAAUUUCUCGCCAGCCAAACACAUGGAGAAAAAAUCGAAGGAAAACGGAGAAAAUCAACAAGGUCAGAAGAAGAAGACGCCGGUUUGGGACUGCGGAAGCACUCUCUACGACUCCUUCGAGCUCAAUUCCUUCAAACGCCAGCUCGACUCCGCUAUAUCUUCUAGAAGCCUCUCGAUGCCUCACCUGACUGAUCGCCGAGUCAUUGCCGCGCCGCCGACGCAGGCGGCCGCGGCGGUGAAGAAAUCGUCGAAGAUCUCCCGAUCGAUCAACAAACUUCUCCGAUCGGUUUUCCGGCCGAAGCCGAAUUCCGUUUUUCUUCCGAGUGAGAGAGCAAUGAAGGACGGAUUCUUCGUCGUCUACGACAAAUCCGGCGCGCUCACGACGAUUCCCGAGGUUCCGGAGAUCGAUUUCGGCGGAUUUUCGCCGGAGAUUGAAUCGUUGGUGACGAGAACAGGAUCGGGACGGUUUGCGGCGACGAGUUCGCUCGGUAUUUCCUGUGCUUGAUCGAUUGCAUGUGUCUAGGUAUAGCUUAUAUAUAGUGAAUAUUGAAUUUUUGGCUAAUUUUCCAUGAAUCUAAGACCGUAGAAGAUCGUACAAUAUGCUGCGUGUAUAGUAAUGAAGAAUUUCUUGUCUAUAUUUUAAUGUUUUGGAAUAUUGUUUUCUUCUUCUUUUUUUUCCUUAAUAAUAAUAUCUUCUUGCUUAGAGCUGACAAAUUA